AUGAAUGUUACUUCUCCUUGGAAGGAAAUGUCUAACCCAGUCAGCCCGUCGUUGAAGGACCUGCCAAAGGUGGCUGUCGAUUUAAAAAGCGAGUUAGAAGGCUUUAAACCGGAGAAUAUGAAAAAUGUAACUCCACAGGAGAAAAACAUUCUUCCUACUGCUGAAGACGUGAAACAAGAACGACAACACACUGAACUCAUUCAGGGAGUGGAGAAUUUCAAGCCUGAGAGGCUAAAAAGAAUCAGCACAGAGGAGAAAAUUAUUCUUCCGAAUGCUCAAGAUGUGGCAACUGAGAAGACGCAAAAAGCACUUCUCCAGGGUGUUGAAGCUUUUGACACAGGGAAAUUGAAGCACACCCAAACACAAGAAAAGAACCCUCUCCCAGACAAAGAAGCAAUUGAACAAGAAAAAGGAAAGCAGAACCUCAUUGCUGGCAUUGAGAACUUUGACCCCAAGAAAUUGAAGCAUACAGAGACGCAGGAAAAAAAUCCUCUCCCUACCAAGGAAGCCAUUGAUGAAGAAAAGAAGGCAUAAAAUACUUUCAAGAACCUGGAAGGGUACUUUUUUAUGUGUGCAACAUCCAGCUCAACACAAUUUUCCAAAAACUUGUUUUUGCUGGACCAAUUUUGUAUUUCAAGAGAAAUGUUUGUGUUUUUCUUAUCCAGCCAUUAGACAACGAAAGUUUUGCCAAGUGCUUCCACAUUGUUCAGUUGAGCCUGACAAUUGCCUGAACAUCUGAAUUAUGUUUAAAUUCACUGUUUGUCCUCUCUAGAACUUUCGUGCUUGAACAUUUCUUUUAUACAAAACAUUAACUUUUUGAGGUUACCAGUAUAAUCGGUUUCCUACAAGCAAAUGUAGCUUAAGGGAGGAGGAUAAGUGCAAGUAUUAAAUGUAGGUUUAAUUUGAUCUGUAAAGUACUUGAGCUUUUAAUUUCUUGAUGAAAAUGCUUUAUACUGAAUCUCCCAGAAACUUUGGUUCAUGUGGAGAAGCUAGGUUAUAGUGGAAACAAAUACUAGCCUUUGUACUGUACUGUGAAGGUAUUACAGACCAUUCCCUCUGUGCAUUUCCAGUACCUGGUGUUUUUUAAAACAUUUAGGAAUUAAAGAGGAAUUAUUUUUUUGUAUUGAAACUUCAUAUCAUAUGAUUAAUAUCCCACAGUACAAUAUGAUUAGCGUGUUUGUAAUAAAUAGGUGUUAAUUUUGAACAUAUUUUCAAAUGUUGCCCUGUAUUGACAAUUUUUCUAUCAAAACUUGUGUUGAUCUACAGGUGCUCAGGGCCCUUUUUUUUCACUUGGUAUUUGUACAUGCUUUGUGUAAUGCAAUAAUCCAAAACUGAAUAAAUGUAGGAACUUGAGUAUCUGAAGAUUUUUUUAAUCUAAGGACCAAACCCAGAAAUGUAAUUAUAUCUUUUGGUUGGAAAAAUAUUUUAAAAGCCAAUUGCCAGUAAAUUAGGUAAAGCUUCACCAAGAUGACUAUUGAACUUUAAGGAAAGAUGCUACUUUGAUUCAUUGUACGCUACUUUGAUGUUACUAGCCAGUUUAUUUGAAAUAAAUUGAAAGUGUAGGGAACUUUUGCAGUGCUUACACUACCAUGCACCCUAUGGCCUGUCACAUGACCGGUCAACAUGUGUUAAGAUACAGGUUGUAUAUUAACGCAGAAUCUUGUGGAACAGCAGACAUCUAGUUUUGCAAGUCUUAACCUACUUGUCAAUGCAAUGUGUGUGGCAGGCCUAAUCCAAUCCAAGGAACACUAACUUUGCUGGGAAAUAAACACUCAAUUGCUAAAUAUAUUAACCUUUAUGCAUGAAAAUUGAAAAGAAUACAUAGGUUUAUGGUAGUAUCAAUAAGAUGUAUUUGAGGGGGUUUCCCAUGCUGGUUCCCUGAAACCUCUGGAUGUUUGCUAUUGAUGCAGUGCAGCACUGCAAUGUGAAUCAUGUUCCAUUUGGCACUACCAGCCUCAAGACUCAAAUGCUGAAUGGGAAAAAAAAUCAGGGAUGCAAGACCUUUUUGCCAUUAAAGAACAUGCCCUGUUUUGCUGGAUAUGUCUAUGGUGAAUGCAUAGUUCAGAGAUAAAUACAAGAAAAAAUCAUUUAGGAAAUGAAAAGUCCUAAUUUUCUGAAAAGAUUAGGAUGAAAGUAAAAACAAUUUUGUUUGUAUUAGUAUUUACAAAAUUGUUCUUCGAGAAGGAUGUCAGAACAAUAGGGCAACUUUCAUGGAAGGUAAAGGACUUGUGAUGUGUAACUACUUGGGGAUUAGUAUUUUCAAAAACAUGAAAAUCUUUGAUUGCCAUCUCACAACUGCAAUAAAUACACUUUGUAUGGGACAUGUACAUUUUGCUUGUCUGUUGGUAAUUCAACAAUGUUACUUUUCAUAAAAUUGAAAAUGUCUAUUAGUCACAUGUUCUUUUAUUGCAGUGGCAAUUGGACUGUAAAAUAUCAGAUGCACCAAGUCUUCACUGACUACAAAGAUACCAAGUAUUUUGCUCUGCAGUCAAUGAAAUAUGUAACUUUUUUCCCCCUCUUUUGCAACUAUAAAGGCAUAUUUUCAUCAGCUCUAUGCCCCCAUUUGCCUUUUUGUAGGUAUGCAAUAGUUUAGGAGCAGGUACACUAAUUGUUUUUCCCUAGAACAUCUCUACAGAAUACAAUGGCUGAACUGACAAAAUUGGUUGCAACACUUAUUGCAACAAACAUGACUGAAUGAGGAAACCUGGGGCUGAGUCAGAAUAAACUUCACACAAUGCCCUUAUCUUUUGAAAUUUUAUCUACAGAUGUUAAAUCUUUCCUCUUAUUCCAUGCUCAUCUGCAGGACAUGGAAUGGUUCUUUACUGGUAAAAGACCAUCAAAGUGACUGGUUAACUAAGGCCAUUACCACAUCAUAGUCCCUACCUUGGUUUCAUAAACUUUACAUGCAUGAGCUCCUUGGUUGGGGUCAAGUUCAAGCAUUUGAAUCCGUGGUUUUUCUUUUGUCAAUUGUUUCAUCUUCCAAAGUAUGGGUCUCUGGAUUCAACAGAAUAUUAUUGCACAUGAGAUGCUAAUUGUUCCAAUUUAGCACUCAGCAUAAACAGUAAUGAGUGGAUUCUCUCCAAAUGAUCUGAUCUCUAAAUUAUCACAAAGCACAGAAACAUUUAAUCUACCUGGUGGUAAAUAAUGUACACUUGGAUUUUCUUCUACACCUGCAUCUUUCAAUUGAAUUUAGAGAAGAGUGUAAAGUUUAAUCCACACAACUUGGUGUUUCACCAGUUUUUCUAAAAUGCCCAAGAGUUCCAACAGAACUAAUUAUCCUGAUGUCCUUCUGAAAGGACAGUUCAAAACAUUGAAUGAGAAUUGACACAUCUUAGUUAAGCUAAUUUAUAUAGCACAUUAAAGGAUUUGUUAACAGAAAAUGUUUGAAAUUCUUUCCAAUUUUCAUAGGAAAUUACUCAAUGCUUCAUAUUUAGGAUCAGGUAGAAUGUAAGUAAACAAGUUUGUGACCCAACAUUAAGACAACAGAACUGAAAAUAAUUUGUAAGACAUUUGAAGGGGAAAUAAACAUGUGUGAUGUGACAAAUUUGGAACAGAGUAAAUAAUAAAAUGGGAUUCCCCCCCCCCCUAGAUUCAAAUUCUAAAAGAAUUUUUCAUUAGAUAUGGCACAAUUGCAUGAACUCCUAAUCAUAAGGAGUAUAGAAAAUACAAUGUUUCACAUAGUUAAAGUUCUCAGAUAUCAAAGAAACUAAUUUCAGUAAAUUUUCUCAAGCCUGUAAUUGCUCUCAACCAAUUAACUUUCAUGAAUGGAUUUAGAAAAAUUGUAGCUGGAAAGAGAAAAAAAAAAUUGCUAAACCUGGUUUUGUUGAGAAAAUACUAUUAAUACAGCAUUUCUAUCACAAAAAUACUGAAUUCAUUUUGCAACAUUUAUUAUAAAUUCAACAGUAUAAUUUUGCAAUUUGUGGCCUAUACAAGCAAUUCUCAAUGUAUAUUAUAAAAGAACUUCCUUUUUGUUAUUUCAAAUUUAGCCUUUGUUAUUAGAACAGAUACAAAGAAAAAAACUGAUGAAAUGGACAUUACAGACAAAAGUAGAUAGCUUUUUCUUCACUUUGAAGAACUGGACCAAAUUCGAAUAAAUGUUUAUCUUUCAGCAUUAAUUGCAAUGCUUCUGCAAGUGGCAAAUUUCACAUUGCCUGUAUUUGUAUGCUUUAGACAGAUUUUAGACUUACUUUUUCAAUGAACUUUGUAAACUUGUCUUUAUCUCAGUCUUAUGUGAAUACCUAUUGUUGGCAAAAUUGAAGAAUAAAACAAGUUUCCAUUUUGGCACAGCAGAUGGUUGAAGCGUUUACAUUACCUGAGCAUGCAUGUUUACUACUUUACACUGCCUUGUCCAUUUACUUACAUAGAAUACAAUACAAUUAGAAAAACAAUUAUAAAAUAAAAAUGUAAAAUAUAUUAUUUUGUCUUUGUUCUCUGGUGAAUGUUAGCAAUGUAUAUUGUCCUAAUGAAAAAUUCAUAUCUUCCUUCUUGAUUUGCGAUUCCCGAUAAACGCAUAUCUAAUGGUGGUGCUGGUGCUGGUGGUGGUGGUGGUGGUGGCGGCGGCGUCUCACAUUCACAAGCCAAUUGUACACAAACAUAACAGAACACUGAUUAAAUAACACAAAGCCUUAAUGAGAUGUAUUAUCUAUAAGCCACAACUGAAUAUUCACUCUGUUUUAAAAUGAGCAACUAUCAUCUUAUUCUAAUAAUCUAAUUAGACAGUAAUUUAACUAGCCCAUUGAAAUGUAUAUCAAAAUAACUGUUAGUACACAAUCUGUAUUCAUGAGAUAAGCUAGUACAUAGCAUUUAAGCUAAACAAAAAGUAUAAUGCCGAAACACGUCUUACAUAAUUCCAUGAUGAAAUACUCACUAUUAACCAGUCAACACGGUACACAAAAAGUAGAUAAUCUCAGUAAUAUUUAUUUUAGGAUGUGCAAGCUUAUACGUACAACAGUAUUUAAAAAAAUACCAAAAGGUACGAUUACAUUAUUUAUGAGGGAGUUUUUCUUCAGAACUAAAUAUAUAAUAAAAAAUUGGGAUUGUAACAAAAUUAAAAGACGAAUUAUGUGCAUAACAGGAAAGCAUGGCAAUACAUAGUUGUAUGUUCACUGCUAUCCUUACUUCUUACAAGAGCACAACACAAAAAAUUCACCAUUGCAACUUCUGUAUUUCACUGUGAACACUUAACAAUAGUAUUCACUUUAUCCUCACAGAAAAGGUCCAGCAGUCGAUUGGCAAUAAUUUGCUAAUAGAUGAAGUAACUGAAUACUUCACACCUGGAAAUAAAAACAAAAUUGCAGUCUGGCUGAGCAAAUUCACUGUUAUAUUCACACAAAAUUAAUGCUCUACUUCAAUGAAGAUUUAAGAAAAUACUAUUUUCAUCACACAAUUGAUAUUAAAAAUACCAAAGAUAAUUGCAAACAAUCUAGUUAAUUUCAAUUUCAAAACUAAUAAUAUAUUUUUGCACAUACAAUUUAAAUGAUCAACAUGAGUUAUAUCUCUUGUAAACCAAAGAAGACCAAGACUUCUGAGAUUAAGUUUGAUGAACAUUCAUAAAACUACAUUGAUGUAAUAUUCUCCAAACCUUUAUCUUACAAAUAAUUUUGUAAACAUCUGAUCUGUUCUUAGCUCAAUUCUUUUAGGAAUAUGCCCUUUAGAUCAACCAUAGGGCAUUCAAAACUAAAGCCCUUACCUUCAGUUUUUUUGGCAGAAACAUACACGUUAAAAGAUCACUAGUUUUAAAUUACAAAAUUGACAUUUCUUUCUAAAAAAUGCCCUAUGGUUCAUCUAAUUCACACGCAUCAAUGUUAUUUUUUACGAUCUCUGUCCUGACACAAAGUUUCAAUCAGUUUCCAAAACACAAGUAGCAAAGAUGUAAUUAUUAAUAUAAUCUAGAAGUCGCUCUUUUCUUGCAAUCCCUUAAUCCUGUAGAUAAUUUGACCUCCGUCAGUUCAAGCCAGUACUUGUUGGGAAGAAAAAGUUUUAAUGACAUAACCACAUUUCACACAGCUUAAACAUUUGAGUCACAACAUCAAGGGUUCCAUGGAAUGACACUCUUAAUGGCUCGCAGAUUAUCAGUGAUCCUGACACUAUAUCUAACCCAUCA